GACUCGCGACCUUCAAAAGCUCCAUGACAUUGCGAUUAUCGCACUCACAAUUCUAUUUUCCACGUCGCUGAUCAUCACAUUAUUGGAAGAUCUUGCAACUAUGGCAGACUCGGAGCCUAAGCAGGAAGAAUACUCCUGCAACUCCAAAGCCGAACCAACCCAAAACCUCGAUGACCUCACAAAAGAAGCCGCCGCCUCGGACGCCGACUUCCUCGCCAUCCUAGCAAAAGAAGAAAAAGAAGCCAACAAAGACGACGAAAUCGAUCGAAUCCGCAAAGCCUUCCGACGCAACGCCUACGACGUGCUAGAUCUCCAACCGGGAGUCCCCGACGAAGACAUCAAAAAGGUGUACCGCAAAAAAUCCAUCCUCGUGCAUCCGGACAAAAACGCUUCCAACCCCUACGCGCAAGAUGCCUUUGACCGGCUGGCGAAAGCCUACCAGACGCUGCUGGACGAGAAAGAGCGGGCGCUCCUCGACGAAGCGAUUGCCGAUGCGCGAAUGCUGCUCAUUCGCGAGAGGAAGUUGACGGUUGAUAGCGAGGAGGUGAAAGAUCCCGACGAGGAUUUCAUGAAGGCAUGGAAGGCGAAAGUUUACGAGGUCAUCCGCGAUAAUGAGAUGAGGAGGGAACGGCAGCGCAGGGCGCAGAUGCAGGAGGAGGGGCGUGCGCAGCGCAAGGAGGAGGAGGAACUUGCGGAGCGCAAGAGGAAGAGGGAGCAUGAGCAGAAUUGGGAGAAGACGAGAGAGCAGAGAGUUGGUUCCUGGAGGGAUUUUCAGAAAAAGGCGACGGAUGAGGGGAAGAAGGGGAAGAAGAAGUUGAAGGUGCUUGGGUGA